UCAAUACCCUGUGUGGAAACAUGGACACCAUUGGGCCUGUUGGUUUGCAGCCUGGAGAAAGAGCCUCAAGCUGCCCACCGGAGGGCUUGCCAAGGCCCUCGGAUAGCUUAGAACUGGUACAGCAAUGCUUGCAGCAAUUCAAAGUGACAAAGGCGCAGCUGCAGCACAUCCAAGCCAGUCUCCUGUGCUCCAUGGAGCAGGCGCUGAAGGGACAGGACAGUCCUGCCCCCUCUGUCCGCAUGCUGCCCACAUAUGUGGGGUCCACGCCGCAUGGCACUGAGCAGGGAGAGCUCCUGGUGCUGGAGCUUGGGGCUACAGGAGCCUCACUACGCGUGUUGUGGGUGACACUGACGGGCACCAAAGAGCGUAGUGUGGAGCCUAAGAGCCAGGAAUUUGUGAUCCCUCAAGAGGUGACACUAGGUGCUGGCCAGCAGCUCUUUGACUUUGCUGCCCGCUGCCUGUCUGAAUUCCUGGAUGCACACCCCACGGAGAAUCAGGGUCUGAAGCUUGGGUUCAAUUUCUCUUUCCCUUGUCACCAGACGGGCUUGGACAGGGGCACCCUCAUUUCCUGGACAAAAGGCUUUAGGUGCAGUGGUGUGGAAGGCCAGGAUGUGGUCCAGCUGCUAAGAGAGGCCAUUCAGAGGCAGGGGACCCACAGUAUUGACGUGGUAGCCAUGGUGAAUGACACAGUGGGCACCAUGAUGGGCUGUGAGCUGGGCACCAGGCCGUGUGAAGUUGGGCUUAUUGUAGACACCGGUACCAAUGCAUGCUACAUGGAGGAGGCGCGGCAUGUGAAAGUUCUGGACGAGGACCGUGGCCGCACCUGUGUUAGCAUCGAGUGGGGUUCCUUCUAUGAUGCUCAGGCCCUCGGGCCAGUACUGACCACCUUUGACCACACCCUGGACCGCGACUCCCUAAUUCCUGGUGCUCAGAGGUUCGAGAAGAUGAUUGGGGGCUUGUACUUGGGUGAGCUGGUGCGGCUGGUGUUGGUCCACUUGGCCCAACAUGGGGUCCUGUUUGGUGGCUGCACCUCUCCCGCCUUGCUGAGUCAAGGCAGCAUCCUCCUGGAGCACGUGGCUGAAAUAGAGAAUGCCACUUCAGGGACAGCCCGUACCCACACAAUCCUGCAGGACUUGGGUCUGAGCCCUCGGGCCUCAGAUGCUGAGCUUGUAAAGCAUGUAUGUGCGGCUGUGUGCACACGGGCUGCCCAGCUCUGUGCUGCUGCCCUGGCUGCCCUCCUAUCCCGCCUCCAGCACAGCAGGGAGCAGCAGACACUGCAUGUGGCUGUGGCCACCGGAGGGCGAGUGUUUGAACGACACCCCAGGUUCCUCCGUGCUCUAAAGGAGAUGGUUAUGCUCUUGGUCCCAGAAUGUGACGUAUCCUUCAUCCCCUCUGUGGAUGGUGGUGGCCGGGGUGUGGCAAUGGUGACAGCUGUGGCUGCCCGAAUGGCUGCCCACAGGCACAUCCUGGAGGAGACUUUGGCACCAUUUCAGCUGGACUUUGAGCAGCUGACCGCGGUGCAGGCACAGAUGCGGGAAGCCAUGGUCAGGGGCCUUGCAGGAGAGGCCUCUUCCCUCCGCAUGCUGCCCACGUAUGUGCGAGCCACACCUGAUGGCAGUGAGCGAGGCGAUUUCCUGGCCUUGGACCUAGGGGGCACCAACUUCCGGGUCCUGUUGGUACGUGUGGCCGAGGGCAGUGUGCAGAUCACCAACCAGGUCUACUCUAUCCCUGAGUGUGUGACUCAGGGCUCUGGACAGCAGCUCUUUGAUCACAUUGUGGACUGCAUCCUGGAUUUCCAGCAAAAGCAGGGCCUGAGUGGACAGAGCCUACCCCUGGGAUUCACCUUCUCUUUUCCAUGCAAGCAGCUUGGUCUGGACCAGGGCAUCCUCCUGAACUGGACUAAGGGGUUCAAUGCAUCAGGCUGUGAGGGCCAAGACGUGGUGUGUCUAUUACGGGAAGCCAUUAGGCGCAGAAAGGCAGUGGAGCUGAAUGUGGUUGCCAUUGUCAAUGACACGGUGGGGACCAUGAUGUCCUGUGGCUAUGAUGAUCCCCAUUGUGAGAUGGGCCUCAUUGUCGGUACCGGCACCAAUGCUUGCUAUAUGGAAGAGCUCCGGAACGUGGCAGGCGUGGCCGGGGACUCGGGCCACAUGUGCAUCAAUAUGGAGUGGGGUGCCUUUGGGGAUGAUGGCUCACUGGGCAUGCUCAGCACCUGCUUUGACGCUAGUGUGGACCAGGCAUCCAUCAAUCCUGGCAAACAGAGGUUUGAGAAGAUGAUCAGCGGUAUGUACCUGGGUGAGAUCGUCCGUCACAUCCUCCUGCAUUUAACAAGCCUUGGAGUUCUCUUCCGGGGCCAGAAGACUCAGAGCCUUCAGACCAGGGACAUCUUCAAGACCAAGUUUCUCUCAGAGAUCGAGAGUGACAGCCUGGCCCUGCGUCAGGUCCGAGCCAUCCUGGAGGACCUGGGGUUGACUCUGACCUCAGAUGAUGCCCUGAUGGUCCUAGAGGUGUGCCAGGCCGUGUCUCGGAGGGCCGCCCAACUCUGUGGAGCCGGCGUGGCUGCUGUAGUAGAAAAGAUACGGGAGAACCGGGGCCUGCAGGAGCUGUCGGUGUCUGUGGGAGUAGAUGGGACACUCUACAAACUCCACCCUCACUUCUCCAGGCUGGUGUCAGCUACAGUUCGGAAGCUAGCCCCUCACUGCACGGUCACCUUUUUGCAAUCAGAAGAUGGGUCUGGCAAAGGUGCAGCCCUGGUCACUGCUGUUGCUUGUCGCCUUGCCCAGAUGGCCCAUGUCUGAAGGAAUCUCCAAGGAUGAUGGGCUCUCACCGGACUAAGGCCUCAGCCUAUCUUGGCUCAGCAGGCCCAGCCACCCGGAACUCCCAAAGAAGCCACGUGUGGCCCCCCUUACAACCAGCUAUCCAUAGCCAAUGGCUUUCUGAGAGAAGUCACACUCUGGUUAGCAAUAUAUAUAUAUAAUUUAUUUACAUUCA